AGCUCUCACACACACUCACACACAAGCGCCGUCCUGCAGGCGAGGAAACACAGGUAUCAUGACCCUGCUCCAGGACUCCCUCCACUCUGAAUCCUCCAACAACAGACGCCUUGUCCACAACUGAAACGCCGAGGCAACCUCUUGAAAAACAUGAUGAGGAAACUCUGAGGAAGGGUUUUAUUUGCUUUUCUCAACAUCGCCAGAUUUGAAUUGUCCUCCAAACCUAAGGGAUUGUAACAGGAGCAUGAGUGUGAAGAGGAAGAAGGCCGGGCUGGUGAUCAGCUGGCAGAAGUCCUUCUCCAUCCUGGCUCCUUGGAGGAAAGGAAAAGGAGACAGAGACACUGUACUGGACAGUGAGGUUGUCCUGACCAAAAUGAAGCUCUUCAGCAACUUCCAGGAGAGGUUCCUGAUGGGCGAAGACAACGUGUCCACCAUCUCCACCGUGUCCGUUACAGAGCAGGACAUUUCGGACCCCCCCAAAGCCUCUGAUGUGAAUUCCCAUCUUGAUGACAAGCCCGGACAGCCUCGAAUGGAGUCGGACUCCGACUACCUGUCUGACAUUUUCUUACACUCUCAGCUCCCGAGGUUGUACAAGUUUGAGUCGGAGGACUCAGGAGUGGAGCUGACAAGUGGAGCUAACUCUCCGUCCACCCCGACAGGCUCUGAGCAGAGCUUCAUGGUCCACAGUCGAGAGUCCUCCUGCAACACCUGCAACCUAAACUCUGACCCUACCACUCUCCCUGAUAAAAUAGUCACAUAUGCACAGGGCUCGGAGAUUAAACAGGCAGAGGACUCAGUAGAUAGUAGUCUGAGCACAGCAGUGGAUACUCAGGAUAAUGUGUUCAUGCACUCAGAGAAACUGAGCUCGGCUGCGAGAGUGGAACUGCACAUAGGUGAGGACGUGGAUAGAGACCAGUGCAGGGCUUCAGGAAUCAGCCGUGAAAGACAUGAGGAGAUGGUGUCUGGACAACUCAAGGACAACGGUGCUGUAAGUGAAAGGACCUGCUUAGAGGACACAACCGGAGCCUGCGAUGACAUGCCAGCCACUGACGGUCAGCCAGAGAACAUGAGGAGGAGUGCCACCAGUGACAGCCUGAGGGAGUACAUGGACGAAUGCUGCAAACUUAGUGAGGCCCAGCAGAGUCCCAGCCCUCUGGGUUCAGGCCUGGGUUACCUGGAGCACAUCUGCCAACUCAUGGAGAAGAUCGGCCAACUGCAGGAGACCAACCUCCAGCUGCAGAGGCACAUCUGCAGCCUGCAGAAGGACGACAGGAUGACAAAGACCAAAGAGGACUUCUUCCAGCAGCACUGCAGCUGUGGAGCAGCCAGCCUCGUCUUCCAGGACCUUCACAAGAGACACUUCAGAAGUGAGUGUCUGUCCCCCAGUGGAACCCUCUCUGACCUGUCCACCAUCCACGAGGUCACCCGGCAUCCACUUAUAUCAGCCAGAAGAGACGUGAGCGCCGAGGGUUCGACUCCCGUCCCUCUAUGGGGGAAAGGCUUGAACCGAAGGAGUUACACUGAGGGGGAGGACCGCUUCCUCGGGGACAGCACGGACGGACUGUCCACCCCCCAGCGCAUGCUGAGGGAAAGCUGCACAUGGGGCCGAGUCAAGGACCUGGUGAGGAGAUCUAAGCUGAGGAACCAAAGCAGGCUGGGACUGACUUCCUCCUCGCUGAAGAUGUCCUGCCCUCAACUCUACAUGCUGGACCUGGAACCAGCAGAUCCUGCUGCCAGAAACAGGAACUCCAUGAUUGCCUUGGGCCACCAGAGCAAACUGGACUUCCCCUGGCUGCAAUAACCAUCCAGAGGAGGACGCCGUGACGAUGCUGAGAUGAUUCAAGAAUGGAAGAGAAACCAGGAAGAAAAAGGAGGGAAUUAGGAAGAGAGAGAACAAUGGUGGGAAGGAAAGGACUCGGAGGAGGCAGCAAACGCUGCAUGGAAGUGAGAAUGAGAGUAACAUGUGAAACUCAUUAACUGUUUAUUGCAGGGUACUUAGAAAAUAUAGGCAAUGUUCUCCUAUAAUUAAGAAGAUGAGAUUACUACAUGUCCAAAAUGAUGUGUGACAUAAUAAACUGCAUUACGUUCUCUGUUGAUACUAUUUACACUCCUGUAGGUUUCCAUUAGGUGGCUGCAACCUUUGUAACAAUCCAACUGAUGUGAAACUUACACAUAUUUCCCAACUUUCCAUUUUAUAUGAUGUUGUAAAUGUGUUGUAGACAAAUCACACACAACUUUGUAUAGUGUGUGUGUUGCAUAACCAGCGUGCAUUCAGAGAUAAUGUAUGUGAAGAGUGUAGGAGAAAAAGCCUGCAGAGUUCCUGCUGAUUGAAGGUUGUGGAGAAACAUCUCUCUCUCUCAAUAUAACUAGAAGAUGUAUAUAUAUACA